AUGAAGAAUUAAAAGCUAUAUCAGAACAGAAAUUCAAUAAUACAAAAUUAUUUAGUUUAUUUGUAAAUCAAUUAGAUUAUAUUGUAGAAUUCAAGAAAUUUAGAGAAGAUAAUGAAAAACCAUGUCAAGAAGAAUGUUCUUGUUAUAAAAUUCGAAUGAUUUUUCAUAAAGAAGAAAAAGCAAAAAAAAUAUUAGAAAAUAAGUAUAGUAGAUUUGAAGAAUUAGAUA